AUGGGAAUCAAGCCGAGCGAUAUGGCCGUCGGGUCGAGGGAAGAAAGGUAUAUGAGUCUGUCGUCCUUCGCGAUAGGAGACACAAUUCAUCACAGCAACGUUUUUCUUCACACUCAGCAACUGCAUCUUCAUCGCAUCUCAACAUCCCACACAACAGAGAAUCAACAUCAUCGAAGCAUUUCCUACACCUCUCUGCAUCGGCAUUACAUCCCGAGACGGUACACAAUGGGAUCCUCGCGUUGGGUUGCACCUCUACUUGGGUUUCUUGGUCAUUCAGCAGCAACAAAUUUGAUCGAGGACAGCAAUGGUCCCCGACUGACAGGGUCAUCGUUUGGCAUAGCCCGUAAUGCCACCUUUGAUUAUGUCGUCGUGGGCGGAGGUAACGCCGGCUUGACUAUCGCAGCUCGACUCGCUCAGAACGCCUCUGUGGCUGUCAUUGAAGCAGGCAGUUUCUACGAACUCGAGAAUGGUAACCUUACAGACAUCCCGGCCUUUGACAAUAUGUGGUCAGGCAAAGAUCCCAAAGACACGAACAGAAUCGAUUGGGGCUUUGUCACAACUCCCCAAAAAGAACUUUUCAACGAAAAGGCUCACUACGCUCGCGGCAAGACCCUUGGUGGGUGCACAGCACGGAACUACAUGGCCUACCAACGCGGCACACAUGGCUCGCACCAGGUCUGGGUCGAUCGAGUUGGCGAUGACAGCUACACCUUCGACAACAUGUUACCCUUCUACGAGAAGAGUUUGAACUUUACGCCACCUGCCAACGACGUUCGCGCGGCGAACUCGACUCCAGAGUACGAUCUUUCGAAUCUCGGUAAUGGACAAGGCCCGCUGAAAGCAACGUUUGCAAACUAUGCCAACCCCAUGUCGAGUUGGGUACAGCGUGGCCUGGAGCAAGUCGGUCUAGGCAGACAACAAGGCUUCACUAGUGGUGUUCUGAACGGGUCUUCGUACGCCAUCUCGAACAUUGACCACUCUACUGGCAUUCGCGAGACAUCGGAAUCCAGCUUUCUGCAGUGGGCCAUACGAAACUCGAACAUCCAGGUGUAUCAAUCGACAAUGGCCAAGAAAAUUAUCUUCGAUUCGGAGCGAAGGGCCACGGGUGUAGACUGUGACUCAGCAGGUUACGAAUACACCCUCACCGCCCGUAGAGAGGUCAUCGUGUCUGCAGGCGCUUUCCAAUCGCCUCAGCUGCUCAUGGUCUCUGGCAUCGGCCCAGCUUCCCAGCUUCGCAGAAAUAGCAUCAACGUGAUCGCUGAUCGACGCGGAGUUGGUCAGAACAUGUGGGAUCAUGUCUAUGCUGGACCAAGCUAUCGAGUGAACACUCUCACAGGCUCUGCUCUGGGUGACCCUGCUCGAAUGCAAGCAGCAGUAGAAGAAUUCCUGGAGCACCAAGCCGGCCCACUAUCUAAUCCUGGAGGUGAUCUUCUCGCUUUCGAGAAGCUCCCUGCAGAAUCUCGCAGAAGCUUGUCACCCGCAGCACAAAGGGCACUACAAGCUUUCCCAGAAGACUGGCCUGAAGUCGAAUACCUUGCUGUCAAUGGUUAUCUCGGAUACCAGCAGAACUAUCAACGCGACAAACCGACCGAUGGGUUCAACUACUUCACUGUGGCCGUCGCACUGGUCGCUCCCAUGUCUCGCGGCACGAUUGGCAUCAGCUCUGCCAAUAUGGCCGACCCACCGAUCAUCAACCCGAACUGGCUGUCUCACCCUGCGGAUCGGGAAGUCAUGCUUGCUGGCUACAAGAGAGUGAGGGAUAUGUGGCAGACUCAGGCUCUGAGCGAAGUGCGAAUCGGCCAGGAGGCCUUCCCAGGACCAAAUGUCACCAGCGACGCUGAGAUAAUGGACCUGAUUCGUCGCUCGAUUGCACCGGUGUUCCAUCCCACCGGUACUUGCUCAAUGGGUCGCAGAAACGAUAGAGAUGCCGUUGUUGACACGCAAGCGAGGGUCUUUGGUGUUCAGGGUCUCAGAGUGGUCGACGCCUCCGUUUUGCCAAUUCUGCCUCCGGGACAUCCAGUGGCCACUAUCUAUGCGUUGGCGGAGAAGAUUGCAUCUGACAUUCUUGCUGGCCAAUCACCAUCUCAUACAUGA